AUGAAUAAACAACCUAAACUUGAUGUAAAACUAGUUUCUAUUGGCCAAAUAGUGUCACGAUUUCAUUAUGGAGUGAAUUCAAGAAAAUGGUGGAUUAUGAGAGGUGACAGCAAUCUAGAAGAAGGCGUAUUUCUUUAUCCUAUUCGUGUAGGUUGUAAAACUGUUAUAGAACAAAAUAAUAGAUACUUUUAUAUGCAUAUAACAGAGAGAAAUGAAAGUAAUGAGAUACUGCCAGGAUAUAGAUGCCAGUCUGGUGGUAAAUUUAGUGAUGUUAAAACAGCGCCAAGUUGGGACAAUAAUGAAUUAUUGGAAGCUUCACUGGAAAAUGUUCAUUUUCGAGCAUUUGCUGUUAAUGUUGACAAUAUUUUGAUAUAUAUUACAAAUAUUAGCGUUUGUGGACAAAAAAAAACAAUAAAAAAUUAUAUUACAUCAUUUAUCGGUGGACAUAAAAGAAAACGAGCUUUAUAUGUUCAAAAAAUUCAACCUGAUAAUUCUGAACUAAAUAGGUUGACAAAGGAUAAGAUCAAAGAAGAGUUAGAAAGAAGGUCCUUAUUUUACGAUGAAAAAGAAAAUCAGCAAGAGUUAAUUGCAAUUUUGAGAGAAAAUAUUGCAUGUGAGACAAUAAAUAAAAUAGCAGAGGCAAGAAAAGCAAUUGGUACAGUGGAAAAUAAGGAAAAUAAUAACAUUACAGAGUUAAGAAUGAAGAAAGGAAAGACGAAAAAAAAGAAAAGAGAAAAGAAAACGAGUGAGUGCGACUACUUUAAAAAAAUAGAAAAAUAUCGUGAUAACCUGCAAUAA